AUGAACAGAGUUAUGUCACCAGCAACCUACUUAGAGACAUCAUCAAACAGAGGAGCUAAAUGGACAGCUGAAGAAAACAAGAAGUUCGAAAACGCUUUAGCCUUUUACGACAAAGACACUCCCGACAGAUGGUUCAAAGUCGCAGCUAUGCUCCCCGGCAAAACAGUCGGAGAUGUGAUCAAACAGUAUAGAGAGCUAGAGGAAGAUGUCAGCGACAUCGAAGCUGGUCUUAUCCCAAUCCCUGGUUACGCCUCAGAUUCAUUCACGCUCGACUGGGGAGGAUAUGACGGUGGUAACAAUGGGUUUGACAUGAACGGAUAUUACUUCGCCGCCGUGGGAGGAAAGAGAGGAUCCGCCGCGAGAGCAGCGGAGCAUGAAAGGAAGAAAGGUGUUCCAUGGACAGAAGAAGAACACAGACAGUUUCUGAUGGGUCUGAAAAAGUAUGGAAAAGGUGACUGGAGAAACAUAUCCCGCAACUUCGUGACCACACGGACGCCUACACAAGUCGCGAGUCACGCUCAGAAGUACUUCAUAAGGCAAGUCAAUGGCGGUAAAGACAAACGCCGAUCAAGCAUUCAUGAUAUCACCACCGUCAAUAUCCAUGGCUCUCUUGACGCCGCAGCUGCUGAUACUGCAACCACAAACGCUCCAUACUCACAACCGUCACUAGGAGGAAGCCAGCAUGAAGGGUCGGAUCAGUGGGAAGGUCAAACGAUAUACGAUGAAACAACGGCUACUCUUUACAGUCAAAACGCGUUUCAAGAAACGCUACUUGGAAUGUCGUCAACACCGUACAUGGCAAAACUGCAGGAUCAGAGUUUCCUAAACGCAUCGCAAUUCUAAUCCCACAAUGCGUAUCUCCAAAUGUAGCACAAGGUGAAGAUCUUGGAGGAGAUAUAGUUAAUAAUCAUUUAAUAAAGUUUUAAUUCUUCGUUUUUAUUUAUCCACGUGCCUAUACAAAACAUAACUGCUACUAUUAAGAGAUACUAGAGUUUGACUUGUGUGUGUG